AUGUAUCCCUAUAAUCGCGGCGUUUCCGAGCGUUACCAAAGGCUCCUUAACCGACGGUUUCUGUCAGCCUCAAAAUAUAUUACUCCAACACCCCUCUUACCUCAUGACCCACGCCCCAAGGCCACAGCAAUCACCCGCGAAAAUCUUGGCAAAGGCAAGCUUCCUUGGGAAACACUUGCCGCAGACGCAGACGCAGACUCGCUUGUUCUUUCGAUCUCCCACGAGGGGAAAAGCCAUUAUGUUUGUAAACCUCAUUCCGCAAAGGUCAUCAUCGAUUUUUCACAUGAAGUUCCCAAUUCCUAUUGGGACUUCAGGGCAACUUACCCAGCGGUGAUUCAACGGCCCAACAAGGAAGAGGUGCGAGUGCAAGUGCGCUCGUACCACUUGAUUGAUUCUCCCGACAUGUACCAAUGUAUCAGCCAACAAUCUUACUAUACGGCAGUCAUGCUCGACCUCUUCAAGAACAAGAUGACAAGCUUUUCAAGUAAACUCACUGUUCCAGAGCUUCGCAUGAUACCCACAGUUUGGAUGAGCGAGAAUCAUGUCCUGGUGCAAGGUGAUAGAUCAUUCACCUUGCAAGAAGAGAUUUCCCAUGAUUCUCUGACAACCACUUCAGAUAUCGAUUACUUACCUCCACAACAUGAAGGGAACAACACCCUUGUAGACUUUCUAUACGCGUUUACCCACUUUAACUAUGAGCAUCACAAGGGAACUGCUGUCAUUCAUGGAUUUCGUGCAAGUGGAAAUGUCAUCUUUGAGUGUGUAAUGGUCGAUAAGAAGUCAGUCAUUGUGUUACAAAUGAUUCACCCGGAAGAUUGCUCACCCUGA